CAGUUUAAUUAUUUAGAUUUGGAUGUGUUCUUCUGAUUUCCGAGACCCACUGUAUUGUUUCCCUCUGUUUCUCUUCUCCCUUUAUUCCCUGCCUGCCAUUUUUAUUUUUAUUUCUUAACCAUUUAUUUAUUUAAUUAGUGCUUCCCCCUCCUCCAUUCUCAUUCUCCCUGCAUCACAUACACACAUCAUUCUCUCUCUCCUUUUGACCUAAAUCAUCUUCUGCUGAUUCCGCGCAUUUUUCUGUGACGAAUUGCUCCCAAAUUAGGUUUCGGUUAACAGUGCUCGUGAUUUUGGUACUAUUGCAAUUAGGAGUGAUUGCGAAGGUGCACUGCAUGUUCGAUUGUUGAGGAGAGGGGGUCCUCUGUUCCGAGGAUUCCCGUCGCUGGUUGUUCAGAUUCGAAGUUGGCUCUAAAUUUUCGUUGGGGAAAUGUUUGCUUCGGUUGCGGAUGGGGCAUUUGAGGGGAGUGGAGUUUCAGGACCCUUUUUGAUUCCACAGCGCUUUGUUUGGCCUUAUGGGGGAACAACGGUGUUCCUAACCGGUUCUUUCACCAGAUGGUCGAACCAUAUAGCUAUGUCUCCGAUGGAGGGAUGCCCUGCUGUGUUUCAAGUUGUUUGCAACUUAAUGCCGGGGUUUCAUCAGUACAAAUUUAAUGUAGAUGGUGAGUGGCGGCACGAUGAGCAGCAGCCAUUUGUAAAUGGGAGCUGUGGAGUAGUGAACACUAUUUAUAUAGUGAGAGAACCAGAUAUCUUACCUUCCAUCUUAAAUACUGAAACACCUGGUCGAUCACACAUGGAGGUUGACAACAUGGAAGCUAAUCCCAGGAUGACUGUGUCUGAUCUGGAGGUUUCUCGCCACCGUAUAUCGGUAUUCCUGUCCACGCAUACUUCAUAUGAUUUGCUUCCCGAGUCAGGAAAGGUCAUUGCCUUGGAUAUAAAUUUACCAGUUAAGCAAGCAUUCCAUGUUCUUUACGAACAGGGUAUAUCUAUGGCUCCUCUAUGGGAUUUUUGCAGGAGCCAGUUCGUUGGAGUUCUUAGUGCAAUGGACUUCAUUCUAAUAUUGAAAGAGCUGGGGAACCAUAGUUCAAAUUUGACUCAAGAACAACUCGAGACUCAUACUAUAGCUGCCUGGAAAGAAGGAAAAUUUCAACAAUUCAGAACACUUGAUAGUAAUGGGGGAUCAUAUCCUUGGCGAUUUGUUCAUGCCGGACCCCAUGAAUGUCUUAAAGAUGUGGCUUUGAAGGUUUUGCAAAACAAGGUGUCAUCUGUUCCUAUCAUCCACUCUUCUUCAGAGGAUGGUUCACAUCCUCAACUGCUACAUCUUGCUUCGCUAUCUGGAAUACUAAAAGUUAUAUGCAGGCAGUUUAAGCACUCCUUGAGUUCUUUUCCCAUUCUUCAACUUCCAGUGGCUUCAAUACCUUUGGGUACAUGGAUGCCUAGAGUUGGGGAACCAAAUGGACGGCCACUAGCGAUGUUGAUGCCAAGUGCUUCUCUCGGUGCUGCUCUUUCAAUGUUUGUUCAAGCCAAAGUUAGCUCAAUACCGAUUGUGGAUAAUAAUGAUUCGUUACUUGACAUUUAUUCAAGAAGUGAUAUUACUGCAUUGGCUAAAGAUAAAGCUUAUGCUAGGAUAUCUCUCGAUGAAAUUAGUAUUCACCAGGCAUUGCUUUUGGGACAAGAUGCAACUUCUCCUUAUGGGCUUUACAAUGGUCACAGAUGUCACAUGUGUUUGAGAUCUGAUUCGCUUUACAAAGUGAUGGAGCGGUUGGCUAAUCCUGGGGUUAGGAGACUUGUGGCUGUGGAGGCUGGCAGCAAGCGUGUGGAAGGGAUUAUUUCUUUAAGCGAUGUGUUCAGAUUCUUGUUAGGCUAGUUGGGAUAUAUUGGCCGGCUUAUAUGAAGGAAAUAGCUGUGGUUGGCAUUGGAAGGAACUCGUUUGUUCUAUUUGCACUGCUUUUCUGAGCUAUCCCCAGUCUUCCUUGGUGCUGUUGCCCUCGUAUACUGUUUUAGGAUAGAAACUGGAGAGAAAAAUCUGUAAAUUGAGGAUCGUUUUUCUCCGUUAAACAUCUUAACGAAAUUGUUUUCUCCUUGUGUGCCGGCACAUCUGCAAUACAUGUGUCCAGUGCUAAUAGAAAUCAAGGAGAAGCUGUGGGAAGAAAAAAAAAAAAGACUAGGAAAAGAUAAAAAUAUAAAGCCGUAUGCAGCACCAUGCGCUAAUAGAAAUCAAAGGAGAAACUGUGGGAAGAAAAAAAAAAAAUAAAGACUAAGAAAAGCCGUAUGCAGCAGAAUGCUGUUGGAUGGAGUUGGUUGUAUCGUUGUAUUUUAAGAGUCUUAUUUUUUCCGGAUCAUCAUGACUUCAGAUUUCAGCUGACAAGUUCAUCAGAGCGUUUCCAAUUGAGAAGGCUUCUUGACUUUCUUUUAGUGGGUUUUACAUGGUUACAUAGAAUUUAAAAACUUCAAGCAUAUGUUCCAAUGGUGUAAUUCCUUUUCACAAAAAAGAAAUGGUGUAAUUUUUAAGAGGUUGAAAAGUA